AUGAUUGCAACGCUCUCGACUGAGGUUCCGUCGUCGGCGGUGCAUGUAUCGCAGCCGGACGCGCAGCAGACACAUAUGGCUGUGCAGCAACCGAAUUCUUCUAGCUCGACCGCAAAGAAGAAAAAGAAGAAGCGUAAAGGAACCGGCGCCAAUUCAUCAGUCGUUGCUGCUGACGACAAGCUGAAGCAGCAGCAGCAGCAACAGCAGCAGCAACAGCAACAACAACAACAACAGCAGCAGCAGCAGAAAAAGAAUGAUCGGAUAUGGAACACAAACACCAACGAGGAGCGCGAGCGUAUCAAGGACUUCUGGCUCUCGCUAGGCGAGGACGAGCGGCGCUCUUUGGUCAAGGUCGAGAAAGAGGCCGUCCUGCGCAAGAUGAAGGAGCAGCAAAAACAUUCGUGCUCGUGCUCGGUCUGCGGUCGCAAGCGGACCGCGAUCGAGAAAGAGCUCGAAGUGCUCUACGACGCUUACUACGAAGAGCUGGAGCAGUACGCAAACCAGCAGCAGAAGUUCGGUCCAGUCCCUCCUCCCGCCCUCCGUCCUCCAUAUCCGCCUAUAUCUGCACAUCACCACCAUCACCACCACCAUCUUCACCAAGGGACGUCGCCAAGGGUGCGUGAGAUAGCGGUGGGCGAAGACGACUUCGACGAAGACGAUCUACUCGACGACGAAGACGACUACUCAGACUCCGACGCUCCCGAGCUUCUUAACCACGACAUCCCCCGCGACUUCUUCAAUUUUGGAAACUCUUUGACUGUUCAAGGAGGCAUCCUAACCGUCGCUGACGAUCUUCUCAAAAACGAUGGCAAGAAAUUCAUCGAAAUGAUGGAGCAGCUUGCCGAACGCCGCAUGGCGCGCGAAGCUGAAGCCUCCGUCGUAGCGGAGUACGAAGACGACGACGAUUACGAUGAAGACGAGGAGGACGACGAAGACUACGAAGACGAUGAUGAGGAUGACGAAGCUGACUCCAUGAGCGAAGAACAACGCAUGGAAGAAGGCCGACGCAUGUUUCAGAUAUUUGCUGCCCGCAUGUUCGAGCAGCGAGUCCUCACAGCAUAUCGAGAAAAGGUUUCACAAGAGCGACAACAAAAGCUACUUGAGGAACUCGACGAAGAGAAUCGGCUACGAGAAGAACGCGAGCACAAGAAGGCGAAGGAAAAGGAGAAAAAGAAGGACAAAAAGCGGCAGCAGAAAUUAGCAAAGGAGGAAGAGCGAAAUCGACGCGAAGCCGAAAAAGCCGCCGAGGAAGCUGCUCAACGGGCUGCCGAGCAACGCAAGCACGAAGAGGCACGUAAACGCAAGGAGGAACAACGGUUGAAGAAGGAAGCCGAGCGCCGUGCCUUGGAUGAGGAGCGACUUCGAAAAGAGGAAGAACGGCGACGACGUCAGCAAGAGGAGCGGGAACGAGAAGCCGAACGAGAACGGAAGAAGAAGGAAAAGGAAGACCAGGAGCGAAAGAAGCGCGAAGAGGCUGCUCGUAAAGAACGUGAACUGAAGGAGCAGAAGGAGCGUGAACUGAAGGAACUGAAGGAACGCGAGCUGCAAGAGAAGCGGGCAAGGACAGAACAGGAACGGAAGGCCAAGCUUGAAGCUGAGCGGAAGGAACACGAAGAACUGCAACGGCAAGAAUCUGAGCGUGCUUUGGCCGAGAAAGAGGCUCGCGAGCGCGAGGCUUUGAAUCGCGAACGUGAGGCUCGGGCACGGAAGGAGCAAAUUCAACGUGAUGUGUAUGCCAAGCGUCUCCAGAUGCAGCAGCAGCAGCUUCAGCAGCAGAAGGUUCAGCAGCAGCAGCAACAGCAGCAGCAGCAGCAGCAGCAGCAACAACAGCAACAGCAACAACAACAACAGCAACAGCAACAGCAGCAGCAGCAGCAGUUCCAACAGCAGCAGGCUCAGCUUCAGGCCCAGCAGCAACAACAGGCUAUGCGCCAGAUGGGAUAUCCCCCAGCGCUUCCUCAGUUCAUGGUCAAUGCCUCCGUUCCUCCAAUUGCUCCCGUUCCUAAACUUCAGAACCUGUUUGGUGCCUCUCCUUCUGUCCCCAUGCAGCAGCAACAGCAGCGACUCCCUGCUACCGUCAAUGGUCUGAUACCCCCACAGCAGCAAAUACCCCCUCAGUCUGUUGCACAGCAGUCUCAGCAGCCAAUGAAUCCGUUGCAACCGCGGCGGGCACCCUCAGUAUCUUCUUCAUCCUCCACUCCUUCACUGAUGUCGGCUUCAAUCGGUCUUACGAACGGUUCCGCGUCGCCACCACAGAGUCAUCUACAACCUCAACUCGGGUUUGGUACAGCGUAUGGGAACUCUCUCGGUCAGGGCUCUCUGAAUGGUCUGCCGGGUAUGGGAUAUCGUGGCUUUGCCUCCUCGCCUCUGACCGCUGGUGGAUUCCAGUCAGUCAACGGUGAGGUGCCGCAAGCUCGGCCACAGGGGUUGCCUACUCCCCAGCCUCGACCGUUUGGCAGUUUGGAUUAUGGUCAGCCUGCGGCUGCUACCAAUCUGAAUGGCCUCGGUAGUGGAAUGGGAGCUGGCCUGAGCAAUGGUUUGAAUGGGUUCCCGUUCUCUGUGCCAACGUCUCGUUCCACUGUACCUCCUAUCGGCCUCGGUAGCCUGUCGUCAUCACCGGUGAUCGGAGGCUCAGCGAGUUUGAACGGUCAUCCGACUGGCGCUUCGGUUAUCGGGAUUCCACAGAGCAGUGUCGAGAGUGGUCCUCUGGGGUCUUCGACUACCUCGACUCCAGUCUCUGCAGAUAAGCGGUUGUCGGCCAGCGGCUUUGACCUCGUGUCACCUUCCUCGCCAAAGUCCAAGCUCAUACAAAGGCCUCACCCGAUCCAGCGUCCGUCGAGUACAACUUCAAAGAGUGAUGAUUUGCACGGUUCAUCAGCUUCCAGCGACGAUGUUCCACCGGUCAUGGGCUCACGUGCUUUGUACUUUGACGAUCUGGACGAAGAAGAUGCGCCUUUCUUUGCACCUACUGCUCGGCGGGCGGUGUCUAAUGAUGUUGGCAACGUGUCUGCUCCUAGUUCUCGAUCGUCUUCGUGGUUCGGUAGCAGUGGCGGCCAGUCUGCGUUCUUCCCGGACGCCGUCGUCUCGCAUGGCAUGUCAGGCGCGGCUGCUCCUGGACUAAGAUCAGAUAGCAUGACAUCAGCUACUGCAGGUUCGCUCUUUGAUCCUUCGAAUACGUGGAACAGCGCUCUUGGUAUCCCAGGUGGUGCUCCCGCGCCUUCUGGCGCGAUUCCCACAUGGCUUGGUGCUUCGUGGAAUGACUCCGGAAAACGAUAA